UAUAAAAAGUACACGUCCGUGUUGUUGUUGCCGUCGAAUGUCUGUUGACACUGGGAUUUUUUACUGAUUAAAUCCUAUCAAUUAAAAGCAACAUGUAGAAAAGAUACGAAUCAAUUUGAGGUACAAAUCACGUGUGCAUUCCAAUUCUCGUUCGGCAGCCAUUUUUAUAAAUUUAUUUUAGCCCAGCCGUUGGAUUUAGGAAAAGGAACUAAUCAAUUCGAGCAUAUGGGAAGAAGAGGCAGCAGAAUGGGUUUACGUGGAAAACCCGCACUUAUUUUGAUUGCUAUCGUGGGAUUAUUAGUUACGUUCGGUUUGUAUUAUAGUAGAAGUUCUUCGUACAAAACGAUGGACACACACGAUCACCAUCAUCACCAUGACCGUAUAAACCUCGGGGAUUUCGAUGCAAAUAAAUUUAUGCGGGACAUAAAUCCAAGAAGAGAUCCAGAGUUAGGCAAUGAGUUAAAGCAAAGAAAUCUCCCCGGAUUGAAAGAAACAGAAAUUCAUGACACGGCAGCUAAAGGGAAUAAAGUGAAUGCUUUUGAAAACUUUGAUUUUAAAGAUGGACAUGAUAAUCUCGACAGAAGCCAAGUUGAUGAGGAUGAUGAUGAUGACCAAAAUCAUGUUAAUUUGGAUAAAAAUAUGCAUGAUUUGGACCGAAAUCCAGACAAUGUCCACAAGAAUGAAGAUGAUGAGAUUUUACAAGAAUCAAAUAAACCGGAACCAAAAACGCUUUCUGGUCAACUCCACAGGUUGUACCGCAAACCCAAUCCUAGAUUAACAGAUACAUUCCACAACAUGAAGCAUAUUGUCCAUCUUGAUUUGAAAGGAGCUGCCCCAAAACUAGAUUACCUCGAAAAUCUGCUACCCUUAUUAUCGUCACUCGGAGCGACUGGGUUGUUAGUGGAAUACGAAGACAUGUUUCCCUAUGUAGGAGAUCUGAGUUUAAUUGCCGCAAAAAAUUCGUACACAAAAUCCGACAUGAUCCAGUUUUUCAACCUCGCGAAGAAAAAUAAGUUGGAAAUAAUUCCAUUAGUACAAACAUUUGGCCAUCUUGAAUUUGUUUUGAAGCAUGAAAAAUAUAUGAACCUUCGUGAAGAUUCUGAAACACCUCAAGUCAUCACUCCUCUUGUCAACGACACUUAUACUCUUCUAGGGGCCAUGAUUGAUCAAAUUAUGACUGUUCACGCAGAAUCACAGUUUCUCCACAUCGGAUGUGAUGAGGUAUAUCAUCUUGGAGAGGGCAAAUCAGCCCCUAUUCUGGCACAAAAAGGUUACACGAAAGAGGACCUUUUCUUUGAGCACGUGAGUCGUGUAGUUCGAUAUGUGAAAGAGAAAUAUCCAAAGGUGACCUUGAUUAUUUGGGAUGACCAACUGAGAGAUGCAUCAACUGAUAAUAUAAAGAAAUUUGGUUUGGGAGGAAUUUUGGAGCCGAUGAUAUGGGCAUACACUCCAAACCCGGGUGACAAAUUUACUGCAGACAUGUGGGAAAAAUACGAGCAGGCGUUUAGUCACAUGUGGGCAGCUUCAUCUUUUAAAGGUGCUACAGGAAGUGCCCAGUAUUAUACAGAUGUUACCUAUCAUCUCAGAAACCACUAUGGUUGGAUCGACAUAAUAACUAAAGUCCAUUCAAAUGCACCUAAUCUUAAAUUCCGUGGCGUAGCUCUAACUGGAUGGCAACGCUACGAUCAUUUUUCUACCCUCUGUGAAUUAAUCCCUGCUGCUAUUCCUUCUUUAUCCGUCUGCUUGUUGACAAUUUCAAAUGGGGGGUUUACAGAAUCUGAAUAUAAUAUGGUUCAGCAUAGACUCAGUUGUGAUGAAGAUAUGGUUCAAUGUGGAUUCCCUGGUAGUGAUGUUUAUUCUCUGAUGCAAGAGUUACGGACCUUUGAGAAUGAAACCAAAAAUGACGAAGGACUCAAUUCUCGAUUGAAUGGUUGGUUAACAGAUUAUAAUGUGAAACAUGGUUUUGGUAGUCCGGGUCAAUUAAAGGUACUUGUCAAGACUAUUGAUGAAGUUAUGCAUAACUAUAAAGAACUACACGACAAGUUUUUGUCAGUUUUAGCAAAAUAUUACUAUGAGUCGACAUUGGAUGAGUGGAUUGAUGUACACAUUGAUCAAAAGAUACGUUAUUAUUAUAACAAAGCAAACGCAGCUAAUUCCUUGAUGUCACGUCGAGUCUGGCCUCGGCGCCCUCUAGUUUCAUUUAAUGAUGUAGUGACUCAGAAUCCUCAACACCAAGUACUAGACAACAAUGAUCCGUUAAUUCAAAAUCUAAAAUUUAAUAGUACUUACACUUCUGAACUGGCAAAAAUAAACGGAUACGUCCAAAAACAGUUUGCUAGAAAACAAAAUCACGCAAAACAGUUUCUUCCAAGUUUUGGUUCUGAACAAAGAGAUCAAAACAAAUACCCAAAACAACAGUUUGCUCAAAAACAAAAUCCGGAGAAAAUCUUCAAUCCAAGAAAUGUUAGAAUUCAAGCCAAUCAAAAUCCUGGUAGAGGUCAAGGGUCAGCCAUCGAAAGUCAAAGGUCAUUUGAUAAAGGUCCAAUAUUACCCAAUAGAAUUCAGAAGCCACUAAUUGAGAGGGAAAAGUUAUCAUCAUUUGAUGGUCAAGAACGUAAGAAACAGUCUAUGUAUGACUCAAAGAAAAAUGAUGGUGAUGCUUUUGAUCCAAACAGAGUUGGCCCACAUAAAAAUUUCCCAGAUAUAAAAAAUGUUGGUGAAGUUCCAGAUUCAAAUGGAGUUAAUCCACAUAAAAAUUUAAAUAAUCAAUAUAUGAAAAAUGUUCCUGUUUCAAAUGGAGUUAUUCCACUUCAAGAUAACCCUGAUAUAAAAAAUCUGGGCAAUGUUCCUGAUUCGAAUGGAUUUAAACCACGUAAAAAUUUAAUCUUGAACCAUGUUGAUGACUUAAAUAACAGAGAUAUAGAAAAUGUAGCCAGAAAUCCCGAAAAUGUAGAAACUGAAAAUAAAGAACGAGUUGUAAAUGACGGUGUAUUAUCCAAAUAUAUUAAUCGUUUCCAUAACGAUAAUGUCAACAACCAGAGAAUUGAUCAACAUCAGUGAUGGCUGUAGUGAUGGAGACACAGCACUGGACCAAUUGUACACAUUUGUUUUCAUUUCCAAAAAUAGUAAUCUAAUAAUCUGUCUGUUUUUUUUUUAAAUCCAUUGAUAAAUGCUCACCUCACUGUCCUCAGAUCGUCUGUUGUCCAUCCUUGUCAUCUUCUAUACGUCGUCCAUCGUCGUAUGUCCACAAUUUUUUGUGAACUAAGACUGCUGUUCUAGUAAAGUGUCAUGAAAACUAUCACUGUAACCCGGGUAUCAUUUAAUCUUGUGUAUCUAGCACUAAUUUCUUUCACAUUCGUUUAAUAUCAAAUCUUUGUUUAAAAAUUUGUAAAAAUCAUUUUAAAAAUCACCCAAAAUCAUCUACUUUGUACUGCUAUUCUCGUUAACACACUAUAGACAGCUGUUCUCGUAAACACUCUGUAGACUGUUGUUCUCGUGAACACUCUAUAGACUGCUGUUCUUGUAAACACUCUAUAGACUGCUGUUCUUGUAAACACUCUAUAGAAUGCUGUUCUCUUAAACACUGCUCUAGACUGCUAUUCUCGUGAACACUCUAUAAAAAUUUGAGUUUUCAAACAUAUUUGAGAACUGUUAAGGUUUGUGCCAUGUCUACCUCUUUGGGAGGAGAACGCAUAUUAAUUUUAAACCAUUCCCAACAAUUGCUCAAGUUACCUUGAUUUAGAAAACCUGUUUUAUCACAGAUUUUAUGGAUGGCAGGAUGACGUUGCUGUUGGCGGGCGUAUUCGUUUCUAAUGGCAGUUAAUGUUUAUAUAUUUCUUUUAUCUGUCUAUUCUGGGAGAUGUUCGUUUCUAAUGGUAACCAAUGUUUAUAUAUAUCUUUUAUCUGUCUGUUCUGGUAGAUGACUGUUUAUCUGUUAAAUGUAUAGUGUGUGUUUCAUGUGAACAAUACUAGUUGUUGGUUCGUUAGUGACACCAUGAAUCCAUUUCUGGGGGGUGCAUCUAAAAUAGUGUUUGUUAAUUAAGGUGUCUUGUAAAUAUAAAUGAUUAUGAAAAAAAAUUGUAAAUAUUGGGCUUUUUUUUUAAUGUUAACCAAGUCUUGGUUGGUUUGGAACCGCACUAACCGUAUCAUAGUACAUGUAUUUUAACAUCUUGUCACCAUGGUGAUUUAGAAUAUAGGUAUGCUUGAGCUAAAAUGUAAAAUUGUUUUAUUUGUUAAUGAAUUAAGAUUAUUCCAUAUUUACCGGUAGUUAUAGCAAUUAUACUGAGGUUGUAAAAUUAUUGAAACUGUUAUUAAGGAUUAAUUAUGUAUAUUAAGAUUGUUGCUAUAGUAACCAUGGUUAGAUUUGAAUUUAUAGUUAUUUAUUGUUUGAGGUUACUAUGGGAAUUAUAGUAACCUUGGUUCCUCAUUGUUUUUCAGGCUGCUUUGGUAACCAUUAAUGUCUUAUAAUUUUAUUGUUAUUUUGUUGCUAUGGUAACCAUUAAUAUAUUCAAAUUAAUUGGUUAUUCAUUGUUUAUCCUGUUACUAUGGUAACUAUAUUAAGGCUGUUUCUAUUGUAACCAUGAUUAGAAUACAAUUUUAAGGUUAUUCAGUUUAUCCAGUUUCUAUGUAAUUAUAUUAAGGCUGUUGCUAUAAUAGCAAUCAUGAUUAGAUUUUAAUUUGAUGGUUAUUCAUUGUCAGGUUGUUAUGGUAAUUAUAUAAUGUACAUGUAUAGUAGGCCUAUAUAUGGGAUUUUUGUAAUUAUAGUAUUGUUUGUCAUUUUGCUAUGGUAGCAAUGGCAAGUAAGAGGGUUUCUAUAGUAGCAAUGGGGGUUUCUAUAGUAACGUAGUUAGUGAUAAGUUUGAUAUAAUGCUACAAUUAUGUGAAUUAUUAGUUUAAGUUUGUGACUAAAGGUUAAAGCAAAGAUCUGUUUUAGUUCAAAGGUCAUUUUAAUAUUGAGAUCUGUACACAUGUAACAUUAUCAUCUGAACAUUUGGACCAUUUCAUAAACUGAUAAAAAGUUAUAAACACAAAAAUAUGAUGUGGAACAAAUUUUCUAUUUUAAAGAUACAUUAUGCAAGAGCUAAUUCUGCCGAUUGCAGGUCUUUCUUUAGGUCUGAAAUGUUAUAUACACUAUUAAUUAGACAUUUAUUAACAAAACAAGACCAUAAUCAACUCUUGAUGGCAUCGGAUACUCAAAAUUUUAACUAAAUUAGAAUGGUUCACCAUUUAAAAAUUUAAUUUAAAAAUGGGAAAGCGAGGCUAAGUCUCGAAUAUACCACAAUGCACACAUCUUGUCAAAAUUACAAACAGUGAUAUCUUGGGUCAGAAUAAAGUAAUUUAAAUGAAAUUUUCAAUAUUUUCAUUUUGCAUUAUCUAUUUUCGAAAUAAAUGUAUUAUAGUAAGAAUGGUCAGCUCUUUAUCUAAAUAUUAAUUAAUGUAUCUUUAAUUAAAUCAACGUUUCAUUGAGGGCUCUGUCCAACCUCGUGGGUUUUCUCCGGGUCCUCUGGUUUCCUCCCACUGCUAAAGACCCCUGCGCGCAAGCGAAUUAUUGAAAUAAAAUUAAACCAUAUGUUAGUCCCAAAAUGACAUAGUUUGUGUCGAGUGGACGUUAAACCCCAUUUCUCUCUCUCUCUCUCAUUGAGGGCUCUGUCAGUGUUAUCAAACAAAAUGCUAACAGAUAUUGUGCCUCAUAUUUAAAUGCUUUAAGUUUAUUUAAUUAUUAAAACUGAUCUGUAAUUA